AUGUCCGACUCAGUGGACAGGGUUUUCGUCCACGCGCUCAAUACCGUCAAACGCAUUCCACGCACGGGCUCCGCUCGGCCACCUCCAGCAGACCGCCUUAAGCUCUAUGGACUCUACAAGCAAAGCACAGAAGGAGAUGUCGAAGGAAUUUCACGGAGACCAGAGAGCAAUGAUCCGGAAUCACUAGCCGAACAACAAAAAUGGUAUAAUGAAUUUGCUACCAUAGGCAUGCGCUUGGGAAGGGACGCAUGGUCCGACCAGCACUCUCUAAGCCGCACAGAAGCCAAACGCCGUUACAUCGCCACGCUCAUUGAAACUAUGCAUAAAUAUGCCACUACGACCACGGAAGCCCGAGAGCUUGUUGCCGAGUUGGAGUUCGUGUGGGAUCAGAUCAAGUCGAAUUCCGCUUCCUCUUCAUCAUCUUCGCCGGGACGCUUAACCAGGAGUCAAGGGCAGCAGAUGCUCCCAAGCUAUCCUAGCAUCGGUGGGCGUUCUGGGAGCGGGAGGGCAGCUGAGGGCGGUGGUGAGGGGCUUAGGAUUUUGAGGCCUGUUAGUGAUGGGGAGGAAGAACACGAUGAAGGCGAAGAGUCUGAGGAGACACGGGGGGGCCCGUUCGACGAUGAAGAGGCUGCCAUGGCAGUGGCAGGGCAAUCCCAGGACCUGGACGUCCGGAAUCGAAAAUGGAGAAAGAAGAUCGAACAAGCGCUUGUGAAGAUGACCACGGAAGUCGCGGCGCUGAGGGAACAGAUCGAAGCGAAAACGAUAGGGGACGGGAGGAGGCGAAAUGGACUUUGGGCGUGGAUGACUUGGCUUGUGUGGGUCACCGUACGACAUCUUGUUGUGGACCUGGCUCUACUGGGUUUGCUGGUUGCUUGGGCUAGGAGAAAAGGGGAUCGGAGGGUAGAACAGGGGCUGGACUUGUUGCUGCAGUAUCUUCGCCACCGCACACGGAAAACAGGGCUGCCGGCCUUGUUGCAAAUACCAGCGCAGCGGGCAUAG